AUGACCGCCACAGCGUCCUGCCGCUUUUGCGGCAGUGAAGAACUGGAGAGGAGCGAGCACAAGGGCGAACUUACCUGCUGCAGAUGCGGCGCUGUUUUGGAGGAGAGCGGCGUUGUAGAAGGUCUCCAAUUCGCGGAGUCUUCGGGAGGUGGCAUGGCCAUGGCUAUGAGGAGAGAUUGGAUUACCACAGGACGAAGACCAAUGGGACUCUGCGGCGCGGCUCUCCUAAUUGCGGCACGGUAUCAUGACGUACAAAUCGAUGCUGAAGAAGUUGCUACCGCGGUCCGUGUGUCUUGCCCAACCCUCUCAAAGCGGCUGUACGAGUUCAAGAAAACGGCAGUUGCACAGCUGCCAGCCUCAGCCCUGGGGGAGACAGACCUGCUGCAGCUUCCCGCCUUGCCUCUUCCACCGUGCCGCCUCGCUAAAAAGCGGCACCAGCAGCACGUCAUGUUUUUGGCUGUAGUUGCAUACUCUGCGAGCACCCUUCGCAGGACGGUUUGGGGUUCGAUGUGUCUUGCAGAAAGAGAAGCCCCUUUGCCCUUGGGAGAUGGACCUGCAACAGCCGAUGCAGCAUCUCCUGUGGAAAAGGCUGCAUCCGAGCUUCCUGCGACUGCUGGGGACCCGCGGCCUUCUCCAGAAGCUCCUUCUGCUGCUGAUCAAACAAGCGGGGGGGGAGGAUAUGACUCCCACACAGGAAUAAUUCCGCUGGCGUCGCAGCGCGUGGAAGGCAGUGAGGCCCUUUGCAAAGAGCUUCCGUCUUCUGGAGACAUCCUCUCUGUGGCUGGCUGGAUGGUCGAAGUCAUCAGCGCUCCUUCUGGAGCUGCAGCAGCAGCAUCAGGAGGCGAUACAGCUGUAGCUGCUGCCGCAGUAGCAGACGCAGAGGAAGACGAUGGCAGGUGCAGGGCAGGCAGUGGUGGAAGCUUUGCGGGGGUGGCCGCAGAGACAGCGGAAUGCGAAUACGCUGAGAGGGGAGAUCGCGAGGAGGAGGAGACCAUCAGGGCAGCAGAUAGCGUGAACCCUCUUGCGGAUCUCUUGAGAUCAGUGCGGGCGAGGGUCGACGAAUUGCUGCCAACCUCGGAGGUGUCGCGUAUCACUGCAGACGGUGGUAGUCGACACACAGUGCCCGUGCUCCUCUCUGCAGCAGCGUCAACAGCAGAGGCAGCUCCCACAGCGAAGGAGACAGCAGCAAGCGCCGCAUCAGCCUCCAACGCAGAGAGAAGAGGGGCUGCUGUCGAGGACGAGGACGCAGGUGAUUCAGAUGACGGCCUUGACGAUAUGCUGCUCACAGAGCAAGAGCGAGAGGCAAAGGCCCUUAUCUGGCGCCGUCCACAGGCUCGACGAACAGCAGCCCUUGCAGCUGCCGCCAGUGCAGCGGAGUCGGUUCGACUUUCGCUGGAGAAGAGAGGAAAGGGCCUUGCUCAACGCAUCGAUGAGGAGGCCCUUGAGGCACUUUUUGCUGCCAGAAGGGUUGUCGAGCUAUAG